UACAGUCAGGUUAGAGACUUUGUAACAAAAACCAUUAGGCUAGUAAGCAACCGGCGAACCAAAUACGAACUUUUAGUUAAAUGACAGCCACGUUAGAGGCAGUUAUGGGCCGCUGCGCGCUCGUGUGUACAGUAUGUGUGGGCGUGCUGGGUGCAAGGUAGCAGUGAAAACGUGGAACUGAGUUUCAUUGAUUUGGGCAUUCCGCACACUCAUUUACUCUCAGCACGGCAUUCCUUUUAGCUCAGCUGAAGAAUGAGUGAGAAGUAUGAGAGUGAAAGAAGAAUAUGACCGGUAUUGCAGCAGGAAAUUGAAGGUGCCUUAAUUCAUGAACUAUGAACAAUGUACUGUACAUCAAAGAGCAAGAACAGAAAGAAGAAGAAACAUGUACCCGCACAGGAAAGAGGGAGAGAGUGAGAUUGUGAAUGAAAGCUCAGGGAACAAGAGGAAGAGGAGAGGGAGGUUUAACGGGUAUUCAAAGCGCAGUGUUCACAGUAAGAGAGAGACUUACUGAACAGGGCGUCUGUCUCUGUGCCUCUCAGUCAGAUUUAAGCAGCUCUGCGUUAUUCUCAACAGGAACGCUGCACACCAGAGACUCUUUCUUUUCUCUUUGUUUUCCUUGUCUGGUAGCUUUCUCUUUUUUUCCUGUCUCCGCCUGUCUCGCUGUCAUUUGCUCUUCUUUCCUGUUCGUUCUCUGGCCACUCUGUAAGCGCCUUGUUAUUGUUUUAUCUCUGUUUUGAAGCCCCUUUCAUACCCUCCAACCACCUCCCUCACUCCCUCCAUCUAUCCAUCCCUCCCUCCCUCUCUCUUUCCCUUGCCUUGUUGUCCCGGUUUCUCUCUCUCUCUCUCUCUCUCUCUCUCUCUCUCUCUCUCUCUCCCCUGUGAGGAGGCAAAACGGCAUCAACGGCUGAGCCACAGUAACAACACAUGCAACAGGGUGCAGACAGCACCUUCUGCUUUGCCACCUCUCCUCUCUGACUCUCAUCCCUCUCAGAGGAAGGCUACAUGGAACAAAAGAAGAGCACAGGAGUACAGCCGAGCAUCUGUUGAAGAUCUGUUGUCCCGCUCCUUUUGAUCAAAAGAUCAGAAGAGGGGGAAAAAGUAAAAGAAACAGGGGAAAAAGGAGUUGGGAAUUUCCCUUGCACGAUCCUUCAAAGUGAGAAAGAAGACUUAAAGAAAGAAGAGAGACUGAGCAGAUCAGGCUUUUUCAGUGGGCAGCGGAGUUGAGAGUGAAUUGGAGAUGCCACCUGUGGCACUAGUGUGAUUUUUAAAGAAGAGCCUCCUCGACUCAGCGUGGCUGCCUCACUUCACACAUCUUUUCGACCCAAUAUUUAACACCAAUGGCUUCCAAGAAGAAGUGGUCUGAGCGGAGGGAGUUGUGCAGGGAACGGCCGUUCUCCACCCGGGAUGAUUCAUCUGUUGCGUCUGGGACAUCUGGGCCAGGGCGUCCGACCACCAGGGGGCGCUUCUCAGAGUCGUGGAAGAGGCUCAGCUCCAGAGGGGGGUCCACCAAGAGGGGGGGGCUCAACUCUCAGCAGCCACCGGCACAGAAAUCGUGGAUAGAAAGAGCGUUCAGCAAGAGAGAAUGUGUUCGUAUCAUAGUGAGCGCCAAAGACCCCCAUAGGUGCUGUUGUGGUCGUCUGAUAGGUCAGCAUGUGGGCCUGCCCCCAGGCAUCUCAUCCAGUCAGAAUGAUAAGGCAGAUCGUUUGGCCAAGAAUGACAGCCUGUCGGAGAAGUGGUCGAUCAGCAAACACACACAGCUCAGCCCCACUGAUGCCUUCGGCACCAUUGAGUUCCAGGGGGGUGGACACUCCAAUAAAGCCAUGUACGUGCGAGUGUCUUAUGACACCAAGCCUGACCUGCUGCUUCACCUGAUGACCAAGGAGUGGCUGCUGGAUCUGCCCAAGCUACUCAUCUCAGUCCACGGGGGCCUGCAGAACUUUGAAUUGCAGCCCAAACUCAAACAGGUCUUUGGCAAAGGGCUCAUCAAGGCUGCCAUGACAACGGGAGCCUGGAUCUUCACCGGCGGGGUCAACACAGGAGUGAUUCGCCAUGUGGGUGAUGCAUUGAAAGACCAUGCCUCCAAGUCCAGGGGGAAGAUCUGCACAAUUGGCAUUGCUCCGUGGGGCAUUGUAGAAAAUCAAGAGGAUCUCGUUGGCAAAGAUGUGGUGCGUCCAUACCAGACCAUGUCCAACCCCAUGAGCAAGUUGACGGUUCUAAACAGUCUCCACUCCCACUUCAUCCUGGCAGACAAUGGCACCACGGGAAAGUACGGCGCAGAGGUCAAACUGCGACGUCAGCUAGAGAAACACAUCUCCCUGCAGAAGAUCAACACGCGUAUUGGUCAGGGUGUGCCGGUGGUGGCUCUGAUCGUAGAGGGAGGCCCUAAUGUGAUCUCCAUUGUGCUGGAGUACCUCAGGGACACACCUCCCGUCCCUGUGGUGGUGUGUGACGGCAGCGGCAGGGCCUCAGACAUCUUGGCCUUUGGUCACAAAUACUCCGAGGAGGGAGGCAUAAUAAACGAGACUCUACGAGACCAGUUGCUUGUGACCAUCCAGAAGACUUUCACCUACAGCCGCACACAGGCGCAACAUCUGUUCAUCAUUCUGAUGGAGUGCAUGAAGAAGAAGGAGCUGAUAACAGUUUUCCGGAUGGGGUCGGAGGGUCAUCAGGACAUUGACCUCGCCAUCCUCACUGCAUUACUCAAAGGUGCCAACGCUUCAGCUCCUGACCAGCUGAGUUUGGCUCUGGCUUGGAACAGAGUGGACAUCGCCCGGAGUCAAAUCUUCAUCUACGGACAGCAGUGGCCUGUCGGUUCCCUGGAGCAGGCGAUGCUGGAUGCCUUAGUUCUGGACAGAGUGGACUUUGUCAAGCUGCUGAUUGAAAAUGGAGUCAGUGUGCACCGUUUCCUCACGCUUUCCAGACUAGAGGAGCUCUACAACACGAGACAUGGUCCGUCCAACACGCUGUACCACCUCGUCAGAGAUGUCAAAAAGCGAGAAUAUCCAGGGUUCAGUUGGAUCUACUUCAAGGGAAACCUGCCCCCGGACUACCGCAUCAGCCUCAUCGACAUUGGACUGGUCAUUGAAUACCUCAUGGGCGGGGCGUAUCGGUGUAACUACACCAGGAAGAGAUUCAGAACGCUGUACCACAACCUCUUUGGACCCAAGAGGCCCAAAGCCCUGAAACUGCUGGGGAUGGAGGAUGACAUGCCCAUCCGCAGAGGCCGCCAGAAGACGACGCGCAAACGAGAGGAGGAAGUGGACAUCGACUUGGACGACCCCGAAAUCAACCACUUCCCUUUCCCCUUCCAUGAGCUCAUGGUGUGGGCCGUGCUCAUGAAACGCCAGAAGAUGGCGCUGUUCUUUUGGCAGCAUGGCGAAGAGGCCAUGGCCAAGGCCUUGGUAGCGUGUAAGCUCUGUAAAGCCAUGGCACACGAGGCCUCGGAGAACGACAUGGUGGAUGACAUCUCCCAGGAACUAAACCACAACUCCAGAGAGUUUUGCCAGCUGGCAGUGGAACUCCUAGACCAGUCCUAUAAACAGGACGAGCAGAUGGCCAUGAAGCUGCUUACGUACGAGCUGAAGAACUGGAGCAACGCCACCUGCCUGCAGCUGGCGGUAGCAGCCAAACACAGAGAUUUCAUCGCUCACACCUGCAGUCAGAUGCUGCUGACCGACAUGUGGAUGGGACGCCUGCGCAUGCGCAAGAACUCCGGCCUGAAGGUCAUCUUAGGGCUGCUUCUGCCGCCAUCCAUCCUGAGUCUGGAGUUCAAGAACAAGGAUGAGAUGUCCUACAUGCCCCAGGAUCAGGAGGCCUACCUGCAGGAGAAGGAGGAGGAGGAGCAGCCCGAGAAACCAGUCAAGGAGAAGGAGGAGGAAGACAUGGAGUUCACAGUAAGAUCUUACUGUGAGGCGCAGUACAACUCCGUGGCAAUGCUGGGAAAGGUAACCACAGAAACAUCCAGAAAGAAGGAUGUCGAGGAAGUUCAGAAACGCCACCGCCUCAUCCCCUUGGGACGCAAGAUAUACGAGUUCUACAACGCUCCAAUCGUCAAGUUCUGGUUCCAUACGAUGGCAUACGUGGGCUACCUGAUGUUGUUCAACUACAUUGUCCUGGUCAAGAUGGACCUGUGGCCCUCUACUCAAGAGUGGAUCGUCAUCGCUUACAUCUUCACCAACGGCAUCGAGAAGAUGAGAGAGAUCCUGAUGUCAGAGCCGGGGAAGUUGUUACAGAAGGUGAAGGUGUGGCUUCAGGAGUACUGGAACAUCACAGACCUCAUGGCCAUCCUGAUAUUUUCCAUCGGCAUGGUUCUGCGACUCCAGGAGCCGCCGCUCAUGAGCUACGGGCGGGUCAUCUAUUGCGUCAACAUCAUCUAUUGGUACAUCCGGCUGUUGGACAUCUUUGGGGUCAACAAGUACCUGGGUCCCUAUGUGAUGAUGAUUGGCAAGAUGAUGAUCGACAUGAUGUAUUUUGUGAUCAUCAUGUUGGUGGUGCUGAUGAGUUUUGGGGUGGCGCGUCAGGCCAUCCUCAACCCUAAUGAAGACCCGUCUUGGAUGCUAGCUAGGAACAUCUUCUUCAUGCCUUACUGGAUGAUCUACGGAGAGGUGUUUGCCGACCAGAUUGACCAUAUGCAUAGUAGGAAGUUAAAGCACAGGCUGAAUGAAAAACUCUGGCUGGGCGCAAAUUACUUACGAACUUACGGAACCUGGCGUAGUAGUGGUCCAUCCCACUUUCCCCAGUGCACCCCCUGUGGUCAGAACGUCACUACGGACGAUGGGGGGGUGGUGGCCCUCCCCCCAUGUAAGACAGGCGCCUGGAUCGUCCCGGCCAUCAUGGCCUGCUAUCUGCUGGUGGCCAACAUACUGCUGGUCAACCUACUCAUAGCUGUGUUCAAUAAUACAUUCUUCGAGGUGAAGUCCAUCUCCAACCAGGUUUGGAAGUUCCAGCGCUACCAGCUCAUCAUGACCUUCCACGAGCGCCCAGUCCUUCCUCCGCCACUCAUCAUCUUCAGUCACAUCACCAUGGUUCUCAAGCAUCUGUGUUGCCGCUGGCGCAAGCACGACGACGACGAGCGGGACUACGGCCUGAAACUUUUCAUCACAGAGGAGGAGCUGAAGAAAGUCCACGACUUCGAGGAGCAAUGCAUAGAAGAGUACUUCAGAGAGAAAGAUGACCGAUUCCACUCCUCUAACGAUGAGAGGAUCAGAGUCACUUCUGAAAGGGUGGAGAAUAUGGCCAUGCGUCUGGAGGAAGUCAAUGAAAGGGAACACUUCAUGAAGGCGUCUCUGCAGACCGUUGACAUCCGUCUGGCCCAAAUGGAGGAGCUGAUUGGACGAAUAGCCGUCGCGCUGGAGCGCGUCACGGGUGUCGAGCGUGGUGAGGUCAACAAAGUUCGUUCCAGGACUUCCUCUGACUGCACAGACUCGGCGUACAUGCUCCGCCAGGGGGAGUGCCCGGAGGCGGCAUACAUCCUCCGUCAGAGCAGCUUCAACAGCACAGAAGGGAAUGCCUACCGCCUGCAGGAGGCCCUGGAGGGAACAGCUGAGGGCUCCAUGUCGCCUCCUUCUCCCACCGGCAUGGCUGCACGGACCAGGAGCCACUCGUUUUACGUCGGCCGCGGCAGCGAACGUGCGAGCGGAGCGGAACGAGCCGAGAGCUUCUUUAAAGAGCGCUCGCUCAGUCUCCAUCGCGCCAACAGCUCCCAAUCUGUGUCCUCAGGUGCCGCCCCCAAGGAGUCUAAGCCCCUCCCCCUGGCGACGCUGUCGGUCUCCCAGCAGCACCGUCCGUCAUCAUGCAUUGAUAUCUAUGUCUCCACUUCUGAGGAGGUGGGACCCGGGGAGGUCUUUCUGGAUCAUCUCCGAAUGGUCCCACCGCUCCAGAGAGAGCGCUCGCUGCAGUCAGAUAUUAUGGAGACGGUGCUGCCAGGAGGCCGGGACUUCGGCAGCGCCGCCACCAGCGGCAUGGGCGACAGGCACUCGGAGGGCGGAGCGGGCAGCAGCGGAACAGCUGGAGCCAUGUUUGACGACAGUGCGGCGGCAGAUUUGUCAUUGUGCUCCGCCCACCUCCUACCGGACACCACGUUACCUCCUUGGGACUUGGAACCAUCCCCGCCUCCCUCAGCAGGGCUGCUCGAGCGCUCUAAGAGCAGCCGCUACCUCUCCACAGCGGGCACGGCGUUCCUGGAUGAGCCCCCUCUGGUCAAGUCCCACAGCCUCAUGUUCACCCCGAGAGGCUGCUACAGUGGACUGGGAGCAGGAGUCCAGGUAAAAGCUGCCGAGUACACCAGCAUCACUGACUGCAUCGAUACGCGCUGCGUCUCCGCUCCAUACACUCCCGCAGAACGCUCGCACUCCCCCGGAGGAUCCACCUCAUUCCCUUUCGAUAAGCCGUCAGACAUUGCUUCCUCUCACCCGGAGAGAGAGGCGGAGCUUAGCCACACUGAGUCAGAUCCAGAGGACCCUGAGGACCUGAUUCCGACCCCUGAUACCCCUCGUCUAGGGGGCCUCGGCGGGCCCAGUGGGGCCUCUCUCUGCUCCCCCUACUCCAGGCUGGAGCGAGCAAACAGCUGCUCCUCAGACGACUCCCAUCCUUCCCUCACGCUGGCCCCUCCGCACCGGAAGAGCCUGUCGGUGAGUGAGAGGAUGGAGAGGGGACAGAGUCUGGGGGCAGACAGGGGGUCUGGGUCGGGGGACCGGGGUCUGGCAGGAACCAGAAACCCCUUCCUCAGGAGCAAGUCCGGAGCACGGCCUGAAACAGCCAAGACUGACAGCCUCUCCAUGAGGAAGCUGGCCACUCCGUCAGCUUUCCGCAGCUUUGAUAGACAAAACUACACGUGACAAGAACACUGGUCGGCGCACUCACACACCGAUUGGACCAGGGAGGAACACUGAAAGGGCCGUGUGAAAGCGGGGUGAAGUUGCCCGUAGAUGCUGAUCAGGACCACGGUUUUUCCACUUACGUUUUAGGUUAGAGAAAGGUGGUAAAAGUUUAUUCAUAGUCAGUGCUGGAGGGCAACUUUACCCUGAAGCAGGUGUCAGAGGGGAAAGAUGGGAGAUGUAGGGCUCCUACUGUACACCAGUCAAAAACAAAGAGCUAUGAAUCUAGAGUAGUUUUUACCUCCUGUUGUAGCUACGUAACUCAAUGGGGUGUCAUGGCAAUGGAAGCAGUAUUUGUACUGUAUGUCUUCCACCCACCAGCAUUACGUCAAGUAGACAUCUGUCAUUGUGUUACAUCACAUAUCAAUCACGUCAGUCAGAGAAAGUAUACUGUUACAAAUAGCUGCAUUAUAUGGUAGAAACUGUCAAGUGUGUGAGACAGAGAGAGAGAGGAGAAGGAAAGAAAAAAACAGCCACCUCAUUUUGUCCUUUUGUCUUAGCAUUGAGUCAUUACUGGCGCAAAACCUUCGCUUUAAAUGCAUUAUCCUCUCUUCAUGUUAUCCUAACUCCACUCCGUAAAACCCCAGCACUAGCAAACGGAAAGAAGCUAGCAUUUUUUGGCUGUUUCAUAAAGACAUCAGUGAAGUGGUUUGAACCAUCUGGAACUAUUUCCUCUCUUGGUUGCACUGGAAAGGAUUGCUGUAACAUGGCAACAACUUACCUCUAGAUACAAAAAUACACAUUUUCAAAUAAUCAAUAUUCAUCUCUUUUUGUUAUUUCUCAAAGGUACGUCAAAUAUGCCUUUCGUUGUCUUGCGUUUUGUAGCAUAAUUUAUCGACCAACUGUUUGUUUUGUCAGUCCAGCUAGAGAAAGAAAGCAGAGUUUGAACAUACUCCAGUCAAAAGGUCAUUACUCUAUCACAAGUCUCCAGUCGUGGCUGUCAAGCGUCAGCAGGAAAAAACUGGGUUUAAUUAGCCACGUGAUACGAGAGCAAAAAAAAAAGCAGAAAGUUAUCAGGAAAAAGUGAGAAAGAAUGUGACAUGAAGACUGAGAUUAGCAGGUGACAGCAUCCAGUGUUUUGAGGCAUGAAUCUAUAAGAGGAACAUGAAGGAAAGGUGAUUGGUUAACUGAAGUGCAUGUUGACAUGUCUGCACACACACACACACACACACACACACACACACACACAUGGUCUGUGAAAUCUUACAUAAUGCUAGAAAAUAAACUCUAGUUCAGACCUGAUCCCUGAGAGCUUUAACAAGUGCAAUUGCAACAACAAAAAGGCAACAAGAGGGCGCUAUUAGCCCAUUUCAGAAGCAAUGCUUGCUGGGAGAACCUGGCGUGAACCUUCUUCGCCUGCACCUGACACCAAAAAUCCUUACACUCAACGAAUCAUUGCUCUCUUGUAGCCCAGACCACCUCCUCCUUCAGGCAUUAUGUUGCAAAGGUUUUACAUCCACUUACGCCUAAUGGAUCCGUCCUUCAUGUACUGUCAUUCAUUUGCUUUUUUCCUUUAUUUUAAGUGCAUUCAAAGCCAGACACUACAAAAGGAGACUUUAAUAGAAAGCAAUUGCCCGAUGACUAAGCCCAUUAUAAAGCAUACACAGGUCAAGAAGAGUUCCUACAGAAAGAGCUAAUUUAUGAAUUUAUCUUUAAAAAAAACUUUGAAAUAAGCUGUCAAGUAUAUGCAUUCUAGCUGAGAUAUACUGUAAAAAAAAGACCUGCAUUUUAAGUGACAUGGAGGAAGAAAAUAUGGGGUUAUUUUUUAUUAAAAGAUGAAAGCCAGAUCAGUGUUUUAAAAAGUUCUCUUUUUUUUUUUUUAUUCUAAUGGGAAAAGUCUGGGGGAAGGAAGAAGCCCUUCUCUGAUGACUUUGUAAAGAUAAAAUAGUUGAAAUUAAUAGAAUUCUUACUGAUUUUUUUUUAUGUUUGUUUUAUAUUUCCUCACUAUUCCAACUCAGUUUAAUUAUGUUUGCGUUUAUUUUAAGAUUGAUUCUAUUUAUUGACAUUUCCUUGCUCAUUAUCGAUGAUUACAGUAAAUGCCUGUUUGAAUUACGAAAUCAAUAUUGAUAUCUUCUCAGUGAUAUUUUUGUCGAAUUUUAAGUAUUUUCUAAUUAAGCUUUUAAAUUGAAUAAAAAAGAUGAGAUCGACAUGCACUAAAUGCUGAUGUAUGAUAUUAUUUAUUAACUAUAGAAUUGUCUGAUAUACUGUACAUUUCAAUCAUAUAUAAAGUAUUUAAAGUAGUUUUUAUUGUAUGUUUUAUCAAGCAGCUUAUGAGACAUUUUCUAAUGUAAAGUUGACACGGCAAUACACAGUUGCCAGUAUACCAAACUUAGGGUGCCUUUCGGGCAUGGAUGGAGUAUGUGGGGACUGAAGUGAUUCAUCAAUUUCUCUUUUUGUUUUCGUUUUCCCCAUAAUCAUAGAGCCCAAAUAUCUGUGAUUAUGUUUAACAUGUGGCUUUUUGCAUACACUCACAGACCUUUGUUGUUCUCUGAUGUACAGAGUGUGUGUGGGGGUGGAGGGGGUGGGGGGGGUGUUCUUAUUGGUAGACUGUAUCAUUGCUUGUAUGGACAUUUAAAUUCACCAAAACACAAAGAAAGAUCUCAUUGAGAAUAAUAGUUUCGAAGUUGAAGCAAAAAAAAAAUAAUCUAUUUGCACAUGAAACUGAGACAUAAGGGUGAGGGUUUGCAUGGAUUUGUAUAGUUAGACUUCUCUCUGUAUCACAUCCCAACCUGUUUGAUGAUCCAAACUGUUUACACGCCUACCAACCCUAACCCUAAACCUUAAAGGGGUACUCCAGGGAUUUACUCCUGCACCUGCAAAGGUAGAGGACGUUCUAGAGACAGACUGUGUAGUUCCCAGUUUGGAUAAAGCCUCAAAAAACACUGCAUCCUACAAUUCCCAUGGUUCAACUCACUUGGAUCUUUCGAUAGACCUUGUCCUUGACUGUUAAAUCAUCUCAUCUUUCAAACCCCUCUGCACACAGUAAAUAACGCCAGUUGUCUGUGAAAUAUUUGAAGUCUCGAGCCUAUAACUGAACAUGACAUCAUCUGGGUUAUUUAUCUCAGACUUCAGAAAGCUCCCUCCAGAGCUACGAAAAGACAUACAACUGUGGUCAUAGGCUGAAAAGGACUCUCCGUGACCAGUAAACUGACCUUUAUUUGUAAAUUUGGUGGAGUAUCCCUUUAACCUGGCAAUUACACCACCAACACAAACUGCUUUGUGGACACAUGCUCAGUGUGGAUCAUGUGGGUUGGACAGAUAGAAGAUGACACAUGGGAUGUUGUAGCUCAUCGGUACAUACAAAGGAUCAGGUUAGCAAUUUCCUCAACAGAUAUGUAGUUUACUGUAUGUUUAAAAGAGGAAAGGUUGACCCCAAGUCAAUGCUCAGGGACAACGUUAACCCCAGUGAUGCAAGGUAGUAAGAAAGAAAGAAAUAGAGAGAUUUGGAUUUGUCUGCAGCAGAAGGCUUCCAAUAUAAUCACUGUGCUUUAUGGGUCUAACCCAGAGUCUUUGUGGGAUCAGAGGGACAUCUAUAUUUUUUUGUAUCUCUUGUCUUCAGAAAUAGCAAUAGGAUAUGAAAACAUGGGAGUUUAAGAUGUUAACAAUCAAACCAAACUUUGCCAAACCAAAUGGAAACGAGCCGAGUCAUGCUCUACUGCCCUGUUGUCUCCACAGCUGUGGCAGGCAAGGGGUCAACCAAGCAAAGUUCAUACAGCUCUACUCAGUUAUGCAUGGUUAAGUAUGACAACCGAUGACCGUGUCGGACUGAAAGUUUAGGCCCCUCCUAUUUGAACGGCUGUGAUAGGAAAUCAAAAUAUUCUUUUUUAAAUGGACUUAUCCUUACAGUAAGGAAUAUGUGAUAACAUCUGUGUCCAUGGCACCUCGAAACUCGUGUGUACAUGAUUCUUGAAAUGGUUUUGUGGUUUGUUGACAUGGCUGGAAGGUUUUGACAGGAGGUGUGCGUAUGUGUGUAUGUGCGUGUACUGUACAUUAACUGCGUGUGAAGCCGGACACAUAGAUGACAUCGCAACACAACACAACCCAACAGAAUCUCAGUGUACAGUAUUUUUUAAAUAUUUUCCUAUACGGUACGUCAUGAGCAUAUGAUGAUAAUCAACCGUUCUGCUUCCCUCCUAUCACGACCUGUGACUCGUCAGCUAAAGAGAGUUUCACGCACGUUUUUUCUGCAAUAAUUGCUGAUGUGCUUCUACAAGUGAAAGGGACUUAUCCCUCUACUGGUCACACUUUAUUUAAUGUCCUUCAAAUGCAUGCAGUUCUUCCAUUCAGAUUGUACAGAGAUGUAAAGAACUGUAAAAGUGACAAAGAGAAAGAUAGAAAGAGAUUAUAAUAUGAAAUCAAAGUAGUGAGUAUUUGGAUGCAAAUACAAAUCUGUAUUCUUCAAUGUGAAUAGGAUCAUGUCUGGCAUGCAUUGUUAAAUAAAAAAAAUAAAUAGAUUGGUACUCCGUG